UUACAUUUGUCAAUAUUCUUUCCAGCACUUACAGUUAUGAAGAGUAUAAGGAGACAGCAGACUGGCUGCUGGCCCACACAGAGCAGCGUCCUAAAGUAGCGAUCAUCUGUGGGUCGGGCCUGGGGGGCCUGGGAGAGCUGCUGGGUGACAGGAAUGUGUUCCAAUAUAAAGAUAUUCCACAUUUUCCCACCAGCACUGUGCCAGGCCAUGCUGGUCAGCUGGUGUUUGGGAAGCUGCAGGGCCGUGAGUGUGUCUGCAUGCAGGGGAGAUUCCAUUUCUACGAGGGCUACAACAUACAGACGGUAAGCUACAGCCACUGCUGCAACUGCUUGGUACUUUUUAUUCGUAAGGCUAAGACAGUGUUUUUGCUAGAGAUGAGCUGUAUGAGCACGGUGCCAGAGGUGCUGGUGGCGCGUCACUGUGGCUUGCGCAUCUUGGGUCUGUCCCUCAUCACCAAUAAGGUGGUGACAGAAUAUGACAGCACAGAGAGGGCUAACCAUGAGGAGGUGCUGAAGACCACCGAGCGCAGAACCCUGGACCUCCAGAGGCUCGUCAGCCACCUCAUCACCAAAAUCUAGUCCCUUCAGCCUCUAGUACCUUUAAGUAAUCGGUGACUCAUCUUAGCUUUGAAUAAAGGGUAACAAUAAGGUGCAGAUGAUGAACUGGGACAUAAUGUGAGUGUACUUAAGUGGUUAAAGUUGUGGUUAACUGGGGGAGUGAGGAAGAGGGUUUUAAGAGCAGAGUAAAAAGAAGAAUGGCAAUUGUAAAAGCUUGAAAGGUGCACAGAAUUUGCCGAAUGUUGACACGUGUCUACUUUGCUCUCAGUGCAAGAUGUUCAAAACCCUGGAUAUUGUCCCAUGAAUUACAUUCAUGGAGGCCUUAUAGAAUAUAUUUCUGACAGCAGACUCAAUUUUGAUUUACAAAGCUGUCAUUUCUAAAACUUGGCCAAUGAGCCGUUAAUCUAAACGUUUUAACAUAAAGCAACGAUUGGCUUUACUAUGUUUUUACGUUUUGUUUUUUGUUUUGUUUUGCACUACCAUACCCUCCGAGGAAUAUAAUGAGAAUAGGCGAGAGAUUACCAUACAUCUAUAUAUGUACCAGAAAUAAGAUAUCCAAACUGUGAAGAACCGAUGUUUGAAAAUAGUUUGAGUUAAGCCACGGGUGGAAAAAAAAUCAUAGUUUCAAGUAGAGUUGCUCAACAAUAAGUGGAACAUAAAUCAUGAAACCUGGAAACCAGAUUAGGAUAAAGUAAUUUCCUGAGUGUCUCUAAAACCUGGAGGUGACAUAAUGACUUUUGUUGUGUGUUCCAAAUAUGGGGCGAAGCCUGCGAGCUAGUUCAGCCAGUCAACUCGAGCACUUAUGCUGCAUUCAUACAUAACCCCCGUUG